GAACAAGUGCACAGAGUUGUGUUUCUCCCAGAUCCGUCUGACUGGAUACCUUAUAGCCUACGCUGCUAAACCAUAGACAUUUCUUCUGUGCUUUUUUCUUUUCUUUUUUUUUUCCUCUUUGGAUUUACCGACUGUUCACGAAACCAGUUUCACCCACUAUGGAUUUUCCCGUCAUUUUUCAGGAAGUGGCCACAGAUUGAGCUCUCCUUCUCCCAGACUUCGCUGGCUGGCAAAACUAAUCAACCGAUCCCCGUUCAUGGAGGAUAACGUUAAGGAUGCUACAAAAGUUAGCCCUGAAGAGAGAAGGAAGCUACUCCAUGGACAACACAUUGUGGUGAGCUUCUGAUAAGUUUCCUGUCGGAGAGGAGCAAAGAUGACGAAAAAUGUGGCCUCGACAACUGCUUUUACUUUUCUGCUUUUCCUUAACAUGGAAUUUCUGACGGGGCUAUCUCCGCCUGGCAAGCCUCAGGUAGAUAAGUGUCGAACUCCAAACAAGGAAACAUUCACUUGCUGGUGGAAGCCAGGAUCGGAUGGAGGACUUCCCACCAACUACACUCUGUUCUACAAUAAAGAAGGAAGCGAAGUCAUCUAUGAAUGCCCAGACUACAAAACCGGAGGCCCCAACUCCUGUUACUUCAAUAAGGCCCACACCACCAUGUGGAAAAUUUACAGCAUUUUCGUCAAUGCAACCAACCAGCUGGGAAGUAAUAUCUCUGACACGUAUUACGUGGAUGUGGCAUACAUACUUAAGCCAGACCCUCCUGUGAACCUGACCCUGGAACUUAAGCAUACAAAAGAUGGGAAACCAUAUCUUUGGGUGAAAUGGUCCCCACCCAACCUGGCCGAUGUAAGGAUCGGUUGGGUCACCCUUUUGUACGAUCUGCGACUCAAACCGGAGAAAGGGGUUGAAUGGGAGAAUCAUUUUGCUGGAAAACAGAAAGAUUUUAAGGUAUUCAGUUUUAAUCCAGGACAGAAAUACCUUGUUGAAGUUCGCUGCAAACCGGACCAUGGAUUCUGGAGUCAGUGGAGCCUGCCAAGUUCCAUCUGGGUGCCGGAUGACUUCCAAGUGAAAGAUAUGACAGUGUGGAUUUUUGUGGCUGUUUUAUCAUCUGUCAUUUGUUUGAUCAUGAUCUGGACAAUGGCUCUGAAAGGCUACAGCAUGAUAGCUUGCCUCCUGCCACCUGUCCCUGGGCCAAAGAUAAAAGGAUUUGACACACAUCUGCUGGAGAAGGGGAGGUCUGAAGAGCUCCUGAGUGCUCUGGGCUGCCAAGGCUUCCCCCAGACGUCAGAUUGUGAGGACCUCCUGGUAGAGUUUUUGGAAGUAGAUGACAGUGAGGACCAGCAGCUGAUGCCGGCUCCCGAAAAGGGUCACUCGCACCCUAGCGUGAAGCCGGCCCACCUGGAAACAGACAACGACUCGGGCCGAGGGAGCUGUGACAGCCCUUCCCUCUUGUCCGAGAAGUGCGAGGAGCCCCAGCCCCCGCCACCCACCCUCCAGCCACCCCCCGACCAUGACGACAAGAAGCCCAGCAAGCCCGUACCUAAAAGCUGCAGGUACUGGGGAUCCCAGAGCCUAGACUUGGAAGGGAAAACCCCCUACUUUCAGGCCAUGGGGUCAAAAUCCUCCACCUGGCCCAUGCCCCAGCAGGCCAGCCACCACACCCCAAGAUCCUCCUACCGCAAUCUGAGCAACGUUUUUAAAACGGGCCCGGGGGCCCUUUUCACGGGACAAGGAGAGGCGCAUCCCUCAAAAUACUCGAAACCCUUGGAGACUGUCGGCGAUGACAAAAGAGGCGAACGGAGCCAGCCCGGCCGUGACCCCACUUGGUCGCUGCCGAGUGAGAAGUCGCUCUUCGGCUCCGCUAAACCGACGGAUUAUGUGGAGAUUCACAAAGUCAACAAAGAUGGUGCCCUGGCGCUGCUCCCGAAACGGAAAGAGAAUCCAGGCCAGGCAGAGACGUUGACCGCUCUGGAAGCCAGCAAGGAAUACGCGAAGGUGUCCCGAGUCACGGAUGACAACAUCCUGGUUUUGAUGCAUGAUCCCAGAGGGGUGACCACUCCCGAGUUUGAAGAAUCUGCUAAGGAAGUCUCUCCGCCCCUGCUCCAGAAUCAAGCCGAGAAGAAAAUAGCCUACAAAGACACCGUCACAGCUCCCAGCGACUGCAGGCUACAGAUGGGUGGGUUGGAUUAUAUGGAUCCCACUUGCUUUAUGCACUCCUUUAAUUGAUCGAUGAAUUAAAAUGUGAUUAUUCUUCAGGUAACCCUACAGAGUCAAUUAAAUGCAAUCAAACGUAGACCGCUCCAGAAUGUGGCUUAGAAUGACACUACUAAAACUCAUUUUCCGCUCACACCUUUUUACGCUUCAUAGUCGAUCAGUUGCCUCCUUUCUAACAGCUGAUUGCAGAACAAAUUAUUCUGUUUUCUAAUUGUCAUUUGUAGAUUGCAUUUUUGUUAAGAGAUAUUAAAAGACAUGUAUAAUAAAAUGAAAGUACAUGGCUUAGUUUUCUUGGGGAAAAACAAAUUGCCAAUAACUGUAACAUUUGAAAAGGGACUCAUGGCUUGGAAUGCGACAGAAGUUGUCAGGGUAGUUUCAAGCCUAGGGCAGGAAGGGAGGAAGAAGAGAGCUGCGAAGGCUAUGUGCCAUGAAACCUAAGCCUUAAACCAGUUCCUUAAACUUUGCAUUCUUCUUUCAUUUUAUUAGGAUUAACCAACUAGAAACAGUUAGAAGAAUGGAUUCAUUCCAAGAAAACCUGAGGAGUUUGUUGUCUUGCUAAGCCAAUCCCUACCCCUUGCAGAUAUAGCGCUGAAACGUUAAUAUAAAACAAUGCUCCGGAACUCAACAACUUUCUUAACCUAAACACUGACCUGAUUUUUCUAAAUUUUAAUUUUGUUCAAAAGCCUCUAGAAAUUUUAGCUUUUUGGAUGAUGAUGAACACUUCAUAUGGAAGUGCAACGUGAAUAAUUAGAGCAAGUUCUGAAUCCUGCUAAAUGAUUUCCUGCUUCAUUUAAAAUGAUGAAUUCACUUGGUGAAUUAAAAUCUAACCAAGCUCACUUUUAAGUGAUUAACAUAGCAGGAUGCUAUUUGAUAUACUGCCUUACUGUACAUAAUACAAAUUCUACUUUACUACAAACCCAUAAGCUUAACAAUGUAUUUUUGAAGACUAUUUUUCUAUCACUGAAUGAGACGAGCUAUUUUCUAUCUUCCCAGUACCACUGUUUACGUAUCCAAUAGAUGGAGCAUUUUUUUGCUGCAAGGGUACCUGAAGUAGAUAGUAGUAUACGCAGUUGCCAUUUCCAGAUUAAAAUACCAAAAUCAGACUGAGGUUUACUGAAAGAUGGGAAGUGGAUGUUAAAAUAACAUUUCUAACAUGGACGUAGUGUUGAGAGGGUGCUAGUUAUUCUUAUCGCCAGUGUCCUGGUAAAAUCCCAAGUUUUUAGUGCUCUCUCUGUCUCUCCCCAGACCAAAAAUCACUUUUCACCGUUUUCAGCUGGAUCACUGAAACCCCAAAGCCUUCCAUGCUCUGCCAUUACUGGUGUGGGGGGAUGAAGCAGGAGCAGGGAGAAGAAGGGGGUGUCAUAUUUAAGUCUGGGUGCCUUUAAAGUCGUUCUGAGGACUCUGGCCUCCAACAUCCUCUCUCAGAGGGUGAGUUUCUCUUUGACUAGGAGAGUCCACUCAGAUGGAAGGGAGGAAUUUAUUUUAAAUGCCACACAAAGUCAGCAUCUUUCUGACAGACUUCCAAAAGGAAGAAGGUGUGCGUGAUUAAAAAAAAAAAAAUGUUUGUGCUGGGGAGGGAACAUGUCUUGGUUAGCCACAGCUUUGUGCUCAGGAGUCAAAGUUCAAGUUUAACAUUCCUUAGAGGUGCCUACUGGCCCAGAUCCUCAGUUUAGGGAAGCUAUUCAAAGUGGAAACUCCUAAUUCCCUCUCCUCAUAGAGGGACAGCUCUGCUUCCAUACAGGCAGCGUUGCUGGUAGUGUCUGCUCUUCGGACGCUUCUCCUUCUGCUCAAGACUGAUCUUAAAUCACCGGGCCCUCCCACAGUACUCUAGAGAGGAGGAGUGUGAGGCAUUAUAUUUAGGAAAAAAACAUUGUUCUCCCCGCAAAGAUUCAUGCUAUCGAUGUUCCAGACAGUCGUAAGCACAGCUGGGGCCUAAGUCAGGUUAAUGAAUAACAAAUGACCAGACCCCAGUUUUCCUAAGGCAUACUUCUCUCUGGGUAUUUUGGAAAGUAUCUAUAUUCUUCCAACCCACCAGAGAACUUCAGCUCAUGGACGCAAAAUUGUGUAUGGGGCUUGUAAGAAACUAAAAGGCAAGGUUACGCUGCAGUGGCUCAGUGGAUAGGAGCUGCUUUUCGAUAACGACGGGGCCAGACGACCUGGCUGGAAAGAGUCCCUGAAACUUCCUAAAGUGCCUAACUUGUUCUCAGAGUUAUUUGUGCUUAGGGAAAGGAUGACUUAGUGAUAGUGUCAGUGAGUAUGAGGAAAAGAACCCGUAACUCCCAUCAUCACCCUCUUAAUAACAGUUUGAUCCUACUGAGCAGUGGUUACAAAGGGGUU